AUGGCCAAGCUGCUCGCCAAUGGCUUCUCCAUCGGCGCCGCUCUUGCACCCGAGGGCAUCAACCUCAACAGCAAGCCUGGCGGUGGCCGCAGCGCCGCAGCGGCGGCCGACGACAUCCGCAACUACACGCUUGGCAUGCCCGCGCCCGGUGAGGCCUACACGCAGCACAUCUUCCCGCGCACGUCCGGCCCCUACUCCCUUGGCGCCAUCCGCGCAGCGGCCGAGGAGCGCGCCCAGGAAGCGCCGCAACCCAACAAGGAGCUGGCAGCCUUUGCGCGGCGCUCUGGCCGCCUCGCUCACUUCAACGCGCUGCCGUAUCACACCCUGGGCCUGAGCCUGCUACGCACCGGCACCGACUUGACUGCACGCUGGCCAAAGCAGGAGGAGCAGGACGCUGGCCGCACGCUCUCCAAGGGGCUCUCCAAGGCUGCGCGUCCGCGGCUGCCUGGAGAGGCCUUGCCAGUGCUGCGCUUGCCCAGGCCCUCGCCGACGCCGCCGACAACGCCGCCCCUCCAUUCAACGAGCAGCGGCGACGUCUACCAGCCGUCGCGGCAGCUGGCAUCAAGCCCGCGCCUACGUGCGGCGGCACGGGCACGCGUUGCCGCCACGCGCUCGCGCAUGCUUGUGGCGUUGCAGAACCUUGCCCAAGCAGCAGCGCAGCCGCAGGUCAUCUCCUCUGACGGCGACCCACCUUUGCACUAG